AUGGAGACGGUGGGGGAUGGGUUCGAGUUCUUAGCAGAUCCAGUCGAUCGGUUCCCUGUGCGGGCGUUAGCAGGUGGUGACUACGCGCCACCGGCACAGCCCGCUCUAGGUCUGCUAGAUGCAGUAGGCCAGUUCAACAUUGAUUCCGAGUGGCAGAGCACCCCCAGAUCGAACCCCCUGCACUGGCAGAACAUUCAGAGGAUGCUGCACGAUUUCUACAACCUGCUCGUGGGUGCUUGGAUCCGGCAUCAGGUGCGCAGCUGCCACGCGGGCUCGAAGCGAACGCUGAGCGAGCGCGUCGGCGUCCGUUCGUCGUCCGUGUGGACGCAAAGCCGGUGGGUGUUUGAGCAGGAAAUGAAGCGGACCAGACGUGAAAUAGACAAAAAAAAAACGUUUCGUAUUUCUGCCAGAAAAUACGAGCGACCACGCCUCCCACCCCAUCUGGAUCCGCCGCCUCCACGCCACCGGCCGGCGUCCUCCGCCACGCCAUCCACCGCCGUGCCGUCCUCCCCGCACCGCGGCCUGCCUCCUCUCCGCCGUGCCCUCCUCCUCGCGCCGUCCGAGUCCUCCGCGCGCCGUUCGCCGACGCCGAGGCCCAGGCCAGCCCGCUCCGGGCCCGCGCCGCCGACGGCGACGGGCUGCUCAGCACGCUUCUCGCUGCCAUGGGCAACGACCGGGAGGAGGAGGAGGACGCGCAGGAGGCGGGGUAGCGUCAGAAUCAGCGCACGUCGGAUCCAGCAUGCUGCUCCUCUCCCUUCCCAAGUCGCCCUGGAUCUCGCGAUGCUGGAGGUGGCCGCGGUCGUUGCUAUGGAGGGCUCGCCACCCGCCUCCGGAGUCCCACGUCCUCGAGAUCAACGAGAUUGCCAAGCCGAGGUCAUCAUCUCUCGACGGGCUCCUCCAUCACUUCUGGUUUCACACAAUGGCUGUGGGCUGCCUCUCCCUCUCGAUCCUGCGCUCCUCCUCCUCCGGUUCAGGUUUCAGGCCGUGGCUUAUGGUCGCCUCUCCAUAUCCAUCCUUCCAAUCUGGAGCACAGGUGGAGAGCCUGGCUGUGUGUGGCGGAGAUGGCGCCCCGCAUCUGCGCCCUAUAAGCCCAGACAGAGCUCCGCCGAGGCCAUGACCUCCACAGGAGGGGAGGCCGCAAGGCGGGAGAGCCAGCAGCGGCAUUCUGUUUGGGGAUGCGUGGAUCUGGUGAUGCUGGAGCAGGGGAACAGGAAACAUCACAUCCGCAACGGCGUUUCAAAUAGCCAAUUUACCUUUCUCCCUAAAGGUUUCUUGCUCUGCUGUCAGUAUCACUGGUCUUGGGGUUUAGAUUUUGUCAAUAUCAAAAUCUGGGAUGGUCUGCCAAGUGAUGUGAGCACUAAGUGUGUGGCACACGUUCAUUAGGAUUGCAAACAAGAUUUGAGAUGUAGGUCAAAUUUUGGAAAAUUAUGGGUCUGCGGGUACAAAAUUACAUGUAGGCAAUUUUACGGUUUUCUGAGAUUAAAGAUUCAAGCAUGAAUGUGAAUAUAGUUCCAUGGUUUUUUUGCUGACAGGUUUUCUUAUAUUUACUUCUCUUUGUAUGAUAUUGGAAUUUAUAUGCUUACUUAACUGUUCAAAGAUAUCUGUUUUGUUUGUCGAUUGGAAGUUACCACAUUAAGCUUGAGUCUAUGUGAAUUGACACACUGUUUGGAACAAAAUAAAACUUAGUACUGUAGUACAAUUUGGUGGUUAAAUUACUCCUUACCUCGACAUUCUAAUAAUCUGUAAUAAGGAUAGUUCGCAUUGGUCAUGCAAGAUCACUUGUGGGAAAUUGGUGGCUUGCUGUUGUUGUACUUCACAAUUUCUGUUGUUUCUGUUUAUUUCACAUUUUUUUAUUUACUGCAAUUUGCAAAACAGAAGUAUUAGCAUAACUGGAAUUUCUGUUUGUGUUUU